AUGCAAUUGUUCUCGGCUUCCAAUGCAGCACUGCUGCUGCCAUUCAGCGGCAUGGCUAUGGCCGCGCUGUACAACACGAGCUCGCUGAAUCACACGUGCCAGUUGAAGGACCCCAUCCUUUCCUGCUCCGCCGGCGCGCAGCCAGGUCUGACCGACACGUGCUGCACCGAGACGUUCGGUGGGCUGGUUCUCGCUACGCAGUUCUGGGACACGUACACUGGCUACGAGGCUGAAGGCCAGCUCCUGCCCGAGGGCUCGUGGACGAUUCACGGCCUGUGGCCCGACUUCUGCAACGGGUCGUACACGCAGUACUGCGACCUGAGCAGGCAGUACGACCCGGAGCCGAGCCCGAACACGACGAAUGGGCUGGCAAAUGGCACAUUCGUCCCGCCAUACAACGGCUCCGACAUCAGCAGCUUCCUCACGCCGUUUGGCAAGUACGAUCUGUUGGAGUACAUGAACACCUACUGGAUCGCCCAAAACCAGCCUAAUUGGUACCUCUGGGCGCACGAGUUCUCCAAGCACGCGACCUGCUUCUCGACCUUCGACAUCCCCUGCUACGGGCCGACCUACGCCCCGCACGCAGAUGUCGUUGACUUCUUCGAGACCGCCAUCCUCUUCGACCGCCGCCUGCCGACCUACGACUGGCUUGCCGACGCGGCCAUCACGCCGUCGAACAGCACGUCCUACACGCUGUCGGACAUCCAGGGCGCGUUGGCAAAGGCUUACGGAGCGACGCCGUAUGUGGGAUGCUCCGGGCCGCGGUUCAACGAGACGGCGGCGGGGGCCGGGUCUUUGGAUAAUGGGAGGACGCGGUUGAGUGAGACGUGGUAUUACAGCCAUGUCGUGGGUCGGCCUCAGGAGGGAGUUUACGUGCCCGUCAAUACGACUGGAAGUGGGACGAGCUGCGCGAAGACGGAGGGCGCAGUUUGGUAUUACGAGAGGACACCAAGCUCGGAGAGAGCAGUUUGA